UGUAAAACACUACAUGAAAAAAAAUUUAAGUAUAUUUUUACAUAACAAAUUCCUUUAUGUCUAACUAUUUUAAAGUUAAAUUUUUUUUUAAAAAAAAAUCUGCCGACAUUUUGAAAGUAUCUCUCCAGAGAGAAUAUCGUUUACUGAAUUUAUCGUGAUUCGCGAUAUUUUUGAGAUCUCCUCGAUGUUAGUCACUCUACAGCUCCACCGAGAUUUCCUCUCAAAACCCCAGGACGGCUCCAGCAGCCUCUCUCCCUCUCUCUCUCUCUCUCUCUCUCUCUCAUGGCGAACCUAACUUCCCUCCAUCUCCUCAUAUUCAGCCUCUUCCUGUCCUCAUCAUCCGCCGUUGAUUUUCUCUUCAACGGCUUCAAUCCUUCCGACCUCACCCUCUACUCCGACGCCGCCAUCGAAUCUGGCGUCAUCGUCCUCACCGAUGACACCAACUCAUCUACAGGCCGCGCUGUCUACAAAACCAAAAUCCCCACAAAGUCCCCAAACUACCCCUACUCUCCCCUCCCCUUCUCCACCUCCUUCGUUUUCUCCAUCUCUCCAGUCGACGGCUAUCAGCCCGGCCACGGCCUCGCGUUCCUCUUCACACCCUCCCCCGACACCAACGGCACGACCUCAUCCCAACACCUCGCCCUCUUCAACGGCACCAACGACGGGGACCCAAACAAUCACAUCCUCGCCGUCGAAUUCGACGUUUUUGAAAACCCAGAAUUCAAAGACAUCGACGACAACCACGUUGGCAUCGACAUCAAUUCACUCACCUCUGUCGCCUCUAACACUUCCGGUUACACAGAUCCCGUCUCCGCCUCCUUCAUCUCUCUCUCUCUCAACAACGGAGAGAAUUACCAGGCCUGGAUCGAUUACGCCGAUUCCCGCCUCAACGUCACCAUGGCCCCCACCGGCCUUCAGAAGCCCGAUCUGCCUCUGAUUUCAAUCGAACUGAAUCUAUCCGACGUCCUUCUCGACGAAAUGUAUGUUGGGUUUUCUGCCGCGACUGGGGUGUUGGUCGAGAGUCAUAGGAUUUUAGCUUGGAGCUUUAGCAAUUCGAAUUUUUCAGCUUAUGAGGGUCUGAUCACGUCCGGAUUGCCAUCUUUCAUCCCGGGGGGGAAAUCCAUUCUCAGUUCGAGAGGAUUCAUUGCAGGGGUUUCGGCAGCUGGGGUUGUUUUGGUGGGAUUCGGGAUCGCAGUUCCUCUGCUUUGGAUACAGAGAGCGAAGAGAAAGAGAGAAAAGGGGACGGAUGGGAUGGAGGAUUGGGAAUUGGAGUACUGGCCGCAUCGGAUGCGUUAUAGAGAUAUUUUCGAUGCGACGAACGGGUUUUCUGAGUCGAACGUGAUCGGAAUCGGAGGAAAUGGGAAGGUCUACAAAGGGGUUUUGAGAGGACAGAUUGAAGUGGCGGUGAAAUGCAUUCGACGCGAGAGCGGAGAAGGGAUGAAGCAGUUCCUGGCCGAGAUAUCGAGCCUUGGGCGGUUGAAGCACCGGAAUUUGGUGGGGUUGAGAGGCUGGUGUAGGAGAGAAACGGGAGAUCUGAUAUUGGUCUAUGAUUUCAUGGAAAAUGGGAGCUUAGAUAAGUGGAUUUUCGACUGCGAAGAGGAAGGUAUGAUGCUCGGGUGGGAUGCUAGGGUUAGGGUUUUGAAGGACGUAGCCACUGGGCUUUUGUAUCUGCAUGAAGGAUGGGAUGUUAGGGUUUUACAUCGAGAUAUAAAAGCUAGCAACGUGAUGUUAGACGGAGACAUGCAUGGGCAGUUGGGUGACUUUGGCUUGGCACGUAUGCAUUCCCACGAGCGUGCCUCGAUGACCACACGUGUGGUGGGGACCGUGGGGUACAUGGCGCCUGAGGUGGUGCGAGGUGGGAAGGUUUCCGAGAAGACGGACGUGUUCGGGUUUGGGGUGUUGGUUUUGGAAGUGGUGUGCGGGCGGAGGCCUGCGGUCGAUGGAUCGGAGCCGUUGGUCGAAUGGGUGUGGGGUUUGAUGGAGCGUGGGGAGCUCGUGCGGGCGCUCGAUGUGCGGGUGAGGCGGAAGGGCGUGUUUGAUGAAGAGGAGGUGGAGAUGCUGCUGCACUUAGGUCUGAUGUGCACGUGCCGGGAUCCGGAUAAUCGGCCGAGCAUGAGACGGGUGGUCAGUAUGAUGGAUGGUGCAGAUGGAGCACGUGAGUCGGAUGGGGAGGGGUAUGAAGCGUAUUUGUUCGGUAAGCUGCAGUCCAUGUCGAGUUGGUCCAAGCAUCGGAGCUCUGGACGUCGUCGGCACCCUACUUACGCGGAGCUCCGUCAGUCGCGGUCGUCUGUGGUGUCUUUGUACGGUUCGGAUCUUAUCGCGGAGGGACGAUGAUGAACUUGUGUCUGGUGGAUAAACCGUUGAUUGAUGCAUACUGGCCGUUGAAUCUUUGGACGAACACUUGGAUGAGGCAUGGCGUGGAAUUUUGGGAGAUUGCAAGAUUUUAAGUGUCCGAUCCACAUCAUGUUUUGAACGGUGAAAUAGAUGAUCAUGGUCAGUGACGUCAUGAUAAUUGGCCUACGAAUCUGACGGUUGUGAUGAAACUGCGUGCUUGGAGAUGAUACGAGAGGUCAGGGAGGUAUUCUUUAUUAGAUGGCACUCGAAACUAGCCAAGAGAAGGUAAAGGGAUGCCUGAUUUCUGUUAUUUGCUACAUUCAUGUUAGGAAUUGGUUGUUUGCUUGUAACAUAAGAGAUAUUUUAUUUGGAAGAAAAUAUAUAUAUAUGUUCGCUUUAUUAUUAGUAUACCA